GUGACGACUACAGUUCAGAAUCGGUGCAGCUAACACUCGCGGCGUUCUUCGGUGCGAUGGAGGAAGCUGAGCAACCACGUGCGUCUCGGAAUUCACACGACACCGAUUACGGGAUGACAGCGGAGUGCGGUACCAGUCUAUUUAAAGCACAGCCCGCCAAUGUGCGUAGAGAUCACCACUUGGACUUUCUGGACUAUUUGUGGACGCUGGUGUGCGCCAAUGGAUGGGAAAAUAACUCGGCGGUACUUUCUCAG